GUGCUUAGCUUUGUGUCCAAACUUGGGUUCACAAACUGAACACACCCGCCGCGGCUUGAUACUGACUACUAGGCGGAGAGUCUGGCUGGCUACCGACUAAAGAGCGGAUAUUCCUAAAGAACUCUCCCUGUGUUACAAACAAACUGCUCGCAAUGGGAAAGACGACGGAACUAUUGUCUUUGCUGAAAACUGGUAAUUCGGACGCUGCUCGACGCUUCAUUGCAAAGUUCAAGAAAGGUGGAAAAAAGAAAGCGUUGGCCAAAGAGUUGAACGUUCCGGACGAUAAUGGACAAACAGUCAUACACUUCUGUGCUGCUCAGAACUUUGUGGAGUUUCUGCAGGACCUGGCAGAGCUGGGUGCAUCCAUUGACUUGGCUGACAAUAAGGGUUAGUUGCCUAUUUUACCUGAGGUGGUUUCCCCCAUCAGUGGCAGGCUACUGCUGUAGGUUACACUCCACUCCACCUGGCAUCUGCCUCCGGACGUACUAGUGCGGUAACUGCCCUCAUUGGGAUGGGUGCAGACCCCAAUAUUUCUUCCCGCACUGGAGACACUGCACUCCACCUUGCCUGUCAUGGUGGCCAUGCAACUUCGGUGGAGACGUUGGUUAUGGAGAAUGCCAACUGCACUAUGCUGAAUGUCUCUGGUUACACUCCUCUGGAUCUAGCGUGUCAGAGUGGACAUACCCAGGUUGUGAGUCUGUUGUUGCGCUCUGGCCAAUUCUCAGCAGCCUACCUUCAGCGCUCUGACAUGCCCCAUACAUCGCUGAUGUUAGCAGCAAAGCAGGGACACAAUGAAUGCAUUGCACUCCUUGUAAAGCAUGGUUUUGAUGUGAAUCGGAAGCUACCAGGUGGCAAUGGAGGAACAGCUCUGCAUGAGGCUGCACUGCAUGGGAAGGUGGACACUGUCCGCUACCUGAUCCAGUGUGGGGUGGAUGUGCAGAGAACUAAUUCCCAAGGCCACACUGCACUAGACAUUGUCAACAUGUACGUGGAUCCGCGAACUGCCAGCCUCAUGAAGCAAGUCCUACAAGAUGCCCUGGCACAACUCGCAAGGAGCAGGAUAGCUCACCAGCAUGCGACAGGCCAAGCCGCCACUUCCAGUCAUCGUCCUCAACCUGGCCUGCAGCAACCCCCGGGAUUCAGCUACUUUCCUGGCUCUGGACAGCCGGUGGUCCACCGCCCGAUGUCAGAGGAAUCAACACAACACAGACAGUACGCUGUGUCCAGUCAGCGACAGACUAGUCAUCCCUCUUCUGCAUACCCCCAUCACUCAAAGGGACAGUCGACUAGUCACCAAAUUCAGUUCAACCCCCAAGUAGCAGGACAUUCUCAUCAAUCUAUGGUGCAUCCCCAUCAGUCAGCUGGGAAUACCCACCAGUCAGCUGCCCAUGCUCAUCAGUCAGCUGGACAUCCCCAUCAGUCAGCUGUACAUCCCCAUCAGGCUACUGGACAUCCCCAUCAGGCUACUACUGGACAUUCCCACCACCCUGCUGGUCCGACUGGGGGCUUUCCUUCCCCACCAAUCAGUCGAAGUAAUUUCUAUACAGCUCAAUCAGGUCAGCCACCAUCUGCUCAGGCCUAUCAACAACAGCGUGUUGUUAACCAAGAGAGUUCUGGAAUGGCUCAGAAUGUACAGCACAUUUAUCCCAAGCCUGGCACUCCAGAGGCAGUCCGCAAGGCACCAGGAAUUGGAGGUGAUUUGGCUGCCAUCAUUGCUGCAAAGGCUGCUAGCCGUAAGCCUAUUGUCAGUAGUCCUACGAGAAAGGAGUCUGCAGAAUUGACGGAUGAGCACUUUACUCGUAGCGCCACUCUCAGUGGAGAGCCAAGCAUGCAAGAAGCUAGAAAUAGUGCUCAGCACAGAAGAAGUAGUGUGUCAGAUCGUAGCAGUGCUAGUCCUGAACGUGGCGACCCCCCUACCUUGCCUCGCCGUGCACAGGCUGGCCCACCGCCUUUCAAACCGGUCCCCCCUCCAAAUGAGUCAAGAGGGAAAGGUGCAGGUGGUGAAUUGGAAAGCAGCAAGCGCCAUAUGUUUAGCAGUGACUCAGAGAGACUGCAAGCACCCAAACCUCAACCCACGGCCCCUCCCCCUGUAUCAGAGGAGAACGAGCUAAUGGCGAAGUUGAAGCGACGUCAAAACAAGAUAAUAGAGGCUGAGCAGACUGCACCAGAGCCAGUGCCAGAGGAAGCUAGAGAGGAGGAAGAGCCUGUUCAACCAAAGCCACCUCCACCUCCCCAAAGAAAGACUCCAACAUUGAACAGUGUCCCCCAGCAGAGCGAUGCACAAGAGCAGGCAGCACCACAAGAACCUGUGUUAGCAAAGCAGAAGAAAGCCAAACCUCCACCUCCCAAACCCAAAGAUGCUGAGGCAGAAAUGUCUCCAUGGCAGCAAGAACUAGCAGCACGCAGAGCAAGGAUGGCUGACCACGAGAGAGAGUCUGAACUAGAGCAGGGAGGCGACAAAGACAGUCAGUCUCAAGAGAAACCUGAUCCAAUUCCAAAACCAGCUCCCAAACCCAAGCGCAACAUGGCACCUCCUUCAGGUGCCAAGCCUGCGAUUCCAUCCCCAGCCCAGGAGCAGUCUGUCUCACUCCAGCUCCUGAACCCACGUCUUGUGCCAUCUCCUGUAGUUCCCAGAACUGCUGAGCCACCAGAAGACACACUGCCUUCUGCUGUGCCUCCAGUCAUCCCAGUGAAAAGAGAGCCAGUCACAGUUGUCGUUGAAGAGCCUGAGCCUCCUGCCAUGCUUAGUGAGGUCUCCACAGUGGUUACUGACCAGCGUAAGCCAUUCGCUACCAGUUUCCCUUGCAUGUUGUUGAACUUUUUUUUUGGUGCGUGUAGUGUCCCGCAGCACAAGUAUGAGCUCCUUGACAACAGCCACUGGCUCGCCUCAGCUGUCAUGCGUAGAGCACAUGCCAGUUUCAGAAUGGCUCACAAGUUACAAGUUGGCCGACUAUGUUACUGUUUUUGAGGCAAAUGGCUAUGAUACUACUGAAUUGACGGUUGGCAUAACGCAGGACGAGCUGCAAGAGAUGGGUGUUACUAAGAUAGGUCAUCGCAAGAAGUUGAUUACGGCACUAGCCAGCUGGCCUCAAAAAGAUCAUUUCUUUCAUGUGAAGCCUGAGAGUGUCUCUGUGUGGCUGAGUGUGUUGAAGAUGUCUCAGUACGAGGAGACGUUGUUGGAGGCAGGUUACGAUGAUGUCGACUUCAUCUGUGACAUGACUCUGGAUGACCUACACGAUAUCGGUAUCACUAAGAAAGGCCAUGUGAAGCGGCUGCUGCAGGGAAUUGGAGAGCUGACAGACCUCGUAAAAAAUUAUCUGUCUCGUGUGGAGCACCACCCAGUCUUGCCAUCAGCCCAGCUCACUGAACUGAACAGCAACCCACUCACAACCACUUCAGAGCACAUUUUACCUCCUCCAGACAGCUGGACAGAUGGAGCUCCAGAGAUUCCUGAAAAAGUUGACUUCAGUCGAAUGAGAGGACUGUUGGAGAUGAAGAUGGGUGUUAAUCGGGUGUUGGAGUCUGAGAGUGAAGCAGCAACUGGGACUAUCCCCCUCCUGGGUGUCUCCGUGCCACCUGAGGACAAGCUGGCAGAUACUAGUGAGUCGCCCUCACCUGUCCCCCCAAACCUACCUCCGAAAAGGAGCACUCGGCCGAAAGGAGGUAUGCAAAUUGAGUUGAUUACAUAAUUAUGUUUGCUGGAUGAGCAGGAAAGGAGGAGUUUCAUUCUGGCGCAGCAAAAUCAUUCAGUGUUGAAGAUAUCACUGCUGCACUUGGUGUAGGUUCUUUCUCCAGUGGCGCAUGAGAUAUUAUUUUAAUGAAGUCUUCGUUAACGAUAGGAAAAAGUUCACAAACAAGAAGCAGUUGCGGCUGGUAUGCAGAAUGAAUUUGAUGAGCUGAAUACUGCACUUGGGUUUACUGAUGAAGAUCAACAUGUAGCAGAAGAACCAGAACCUCAGUGAGUUAACCAACCUCGCUAUUAAUCUACAAUACAAUGUCGUGUUCUUGUACAUUACAGGCCUGACCAGCUAUUGGCUGAUAUAGAUGAUAUGCUUGCAGAUCUGACGACACAUUUGGAUUUCAUGAUCCCAGGAUCAACAUGAAACUAAAUUAUUUCACUUUUGUGCCACUUAAUUGAGUUUUUGUAGAGAUAUAAACAACAUUGGAG